AUGAAUAUUUCAUUUACGGUGUGUAGCUUAUUUAUAUUACUAAUUAAUGUUGUUUUACAUGGAGCGCAAAAGAAUUCUGAAAAAAAUGUAUACACGGAAAUAUGUGAAAAGCCAGCGAAUGGAAAUGAAUCAAGUGUAUACUGUAUGAAAGAUUACAAAAAGAAAAGUUCUUUAUAUGGUUAUAAACAUAUUAUGAAUUUCUUAUUAGGAAAUCUAAAUAAACAUAAAAAUAAUAUAGCAGUAGUGGAACAUGAUAAUGGUGAACCAAACAAUUAUUUGACUUAUAAUGAUUUUUUUAAAAAAGUUUUAUGUUUUAGUAAUACAUUGAAUACUUAUGAAGGAAAAGGUAUUGAAGAAAAAAUGUAUAAAAAAGAAGAAAAAAAUAAUGGUAAAUUUAGAUUGUUGGGUUUGUAUGGUAGUAAUUCAAUAAAUUGGAUAGCCGCUGAUAUGGCUUCUAUGCUUAGUGGUGUUACAACAUUAGUUAUGCACUCCAAAUUUAGUUUAGAUGUAAUUGUAGAUAUACUAAAGGAAACCGAAUUAGAAUGGUUAUGUUUGGAUUUAGAAUUGGUUGAAGGGUUAUUAGCUCAUAGAAAUGAAUUUCCACACUUGAAAAAUCUUAUAAUAUUAGAUACAUUAAAUAAAUCAAAUAAAAUAAAUUCUAAAGGUUUAGAAAAAAGUGAUAAAAACAAAAAAUCUAAGGAAAAAGAUAAUGGUUUAGUUAAUGUUGAUUAUGAUAAAGAAAAAUUAAAAAAAAUAAAAGAUUUAAAAGUAAAAGCUAGAAGUGUUGGAAUAAAUAUUAUGGAAUUUGAUGAGAUGUCAAGAAAAGAACCUAAAAAAAUAAAAAUAAAUAAUGAAGACCCUAAUUUUAUUGCUUCAAUUGUAUAUACAUCUGGAACAUCAGGAAAACCAAAAGGUGUUAUGUUAAGUAAUGAAAAUUUUCACAAUACUGUAGUACCAUUAUGUGAUCAUAAUAUAAUAAAAGAAUAUAAUCCCAAAACACAUUUUUCUUAUUUACCAGUAUCGCACAUAUAUGAGAGAGUUCUUGUUCAUAUCUUAUUCAUGUUAGGUGGAACUAUAAAUAUAUGGAGUAAAGAUAUAAAUAAUUUCUCUAAAGAUUUAUUAAAUUCUAAAGGUGAAGUACUAGCAGGUGUUCCUAAAGUUUUUAAUAGAAUUUAUACCAAUAUUAUGACAGAAAUAAGUAAUUUACCCCCUUUUAAGAGAUGGUUAGUAAAACGUAUUAUAUCUAUGCGUAAGGCUAAUAAUAAUGGAAGUUUUAGUCAAUUUCUUGAAGGACUUUUUAAAAUUUCUUCAAAAAUUAAAGACAAAGUAAACACGAAUUUACAAGUUAUAUUAAAUGGUGGUGGAAAGUUAUCACCCAAAAUUGCUAAUGAGUUAAGUGUUUUAUUAAAUAUAAAUUAUUACCAAGGAUAUGGUUUAACAGAAUCCACUGGUCCUAUUUUUGUGCAAGAUACUAGUGAUAACAAUAGUGAAAGUAUGGGAAUACCUUUUUCUCCAAAUACAAAGUUUAAAGUAAAAACAUGGGAAACUUAUAAAGCCACCGAUGCUUUACCAAAAGGGGAAUUACUGAUUAAGAGUGGUUCUAUAUUUAGUGGAUACUUUUUGGAAAAAGAAAAUACAGAUAAAUCUUUUACUGAAGAUGGUUAUUUUAAAACAGGGGAUGUGGUUCAAGUUAAUAGUGAUGGUUCAUUAACAUUUUUAGAUAGAUCUAAGGGGUUAGUUAAAUUAUCACAAGGUGAGUAUAUCGAAACAGAUUUGUUGAAUAAUCUUUAUUCACAAAUUAGUUUUAUAAAUAAUUGUGUUGUAUAUGGUGAUGAUUCAAUGGAUGGACCACUAGGUAUUCUUUCUGUGGAUAAAUAUUUAUUAUAUAGAUCUUUAAAAGAUGACCAUAUGUUAGAAAAAACUGGAAUUACUGAAGAUAAUUAUAAUGAUAGAUUAAAUGAUGAAGAUAUAAAUCAAUCUAUUUUUGUUGAAUAUGUCAAAGAGAAAAUGAUGGAAACUUAUAAUAGUACAAAAUUAAAUAGAUAUAACAUAAUAAAUCAUAUUUAUUUAACAUCUAAAAUAUGGGAUACUAAUAAUUAUCUUACACCCACAUUAAAGGUGAAAAGAUUCUAUGUAUUUAAGGAUUAUAACUUUUUCAUUGAAGAAGUUAAAAAAACAUAUAAACACAAAUUAAAAGGAGUUGAUGAAGUCAACAAAAAUAAGGAAAAAAAAGAAGAGAAGAAGAAUGAAAAAAAUAAAAACCAAAAAAAUGAAGAGCAAAAUUCAAAAGAUAUACAUACCAAAAACGCAGUUCAGCAAUCGAAGUUAAGGCCCACAAAAGAAAAUUUUACAGAAAAGAAAGAAGAAAAAGAAAAGAAUACAAAAUUAAGAGUACGAGCUAAAGAUAUGUCCCAAGAAUUAGAAUUAAAUAAAUAA